AGCACAGUUGUGGCAGUUGUAGCCUGUAGGUAAUCAUGUCAUGUACAUUGUCAAAGAAAGCGUCUAUCGUGGUAUCGUGAAUUCGGUUAUUGCUUUUGUGUUGUGCCUCGAGUCUCGACGUCGAUCUCCAAGCGUUCAGUAAUUUUGCUUGUCCUGUCAUAAUAUUGAUAUAUAUCACCGUUCUGGACGCCAUUUUUAGUACAUUAAACAUUAUUAAUUUGAAUUUUAAGUGUUCGAAUUGUCAUAAAUUCACCAUCAAGUAUAGUUAAAAAUUCCUAACUGGACGUAAUUUAAUUUUAGAGCGUAAACGUCAUAAUCAAAAAUGUCAGGUGAUGAAGAUGCAUCCAAAUCGCUACCAUCCACAUCUGAAACAAACAACAUUGAAGAGCCAAGUGAACAGAACACACCUGAAGGCGAUGCCAAUACAAAUGCCGGUGCAUUAGAAGCUACUGAUGAUAAAGCUUCAACUGCCGAUGAAUACAUUCGUCUACGUGUAAUAACUAGCGAUAUGACUAAUGAAGUACAUUUCCGUGUAAAAGCUGCCACAGCUUUGGUCCGUCUGAAACGCUCAUACUGCAGCAAGUUGGGUUUUCAGGUUGAUGAAUUACGUUUUGUGUUUGAUGGCCAUCGAAUCACUGACGAUGAUACUCCCAAAAAACUAGGUAUGAUCAAUGACGAUGUCAUUGAAAUCUACCAAGAAAGAACUGGUGGUGGUAUGUAAUGUUUAUAAAUAUAAGUUAGUUGUUUUUAUCAA